CACAUCCUCACUACUGCUCAGCACACUGAGAGGAAACAGUCAAUAGCUGUUUCUAUGACGCCAGCUUUAUUCUCUGCGCUGGAGAUGAAGUAUAUUUCAUGUGUUUACUUAAUCUGGGGUCUCCUGGCUUCAGCUGUGAUCCCCGUUUCUGUAGGUGAAAUGUAUACGUCGCUGUUGAACGUAAAGCAAGCGAUCAGUGUUGAACGGAAGCUGAUCAAUUACCUGAAAAUUUACAUUGACCACGAGUUGGAGAGACUGGAGGACAUCAAACGUUUUUAUGCUAAAGUGUCUGACCUGCACGCUCAAGUUUUAAAAGGUCCUGCGACUGCGAUGGCAAACCCACUUGUGGCGUUCACCCUGAUCAAGCGUCUGCAGUCAGAGUGGCUGAAUGUAGUUUACAGCAACGAAGCCAUGGAGAACACACAAGCCCUCAGGUCCAGUUACGAGGAGGAAGAAGCCGAUCUGCCCAAACUGGAAGACCUCCAGGGGGCCGCGAAGGGGCUGAUGAGGCUGCAGGAUGUGUAUGCUCUUCAAGUUCCGAGUCUUACGAUGGGUCGUUUCCAGAGAGUCACUAAUGGAAAACCUAUUGAUGUCUGCAUGCCUGCAGUGUCUGUCCCUCUAUCUGGUGAUGACUGCUUUUGGGUUGGAAAGGUGGCAUACGAGCAGGAAGACUAUUACCACUCAGUGCAAUGGCUGGAAGAGUCAGUGCGUCUCUUCAGGGGAACAGGAGGAGACUGGAGCCCUGAGAAUGAGGGGUCUUUAAAGGACGCUCUGGAUCACCUGGCUUUCUCUCACUUUAAAACUGGAAACGUCUCCUAUGCUCUGAGUCUGUCUCAGGAGUUACUCCAUCAUGAUCCAAUGAAUGGAAGAGUUUUGCAGAAUGUUGAGAAAUACGAGAAGCUGCUGGUUGCAAUUCCUCCCAAAUCAAUCAGGGGUGAUGGGCUGAGGAGACCGGCUUCCAAUUAUUUAAGGACCAGAGACACUUAUGAGAGACUCUGCCAGACUCAAGGCUCCCAGCCUAUGCAUUUUAAAAACCCCAGACUAUUCUGCGACUAUUUCACCAAUGGCAGUCCUGGGCUGCUACUGCAGCCAGUAAGACGUGAAGUGCUGAGCCUGCAGCCUUAUGUGGUCCUGUAUCACAACUUCAUCACUAAUACAGAGGCUGAAGACAUCAAAACAGUCGCCCAGCAAGGAUUGAGAAGAUCUGUUGUGGCAGCUGGAGAGAAACAAGCAACAGCAGACUUUCGCAUCAGCAAGAGUGCAUGGCUGAAGGCUUCAGCUCACUCCAUUGUUGGGAAGCUGGACCAGAGGAUCUCCAUGGUCACGCGUCUGGAUGUAAAGCAUCCAUUUGGCGAAUACCUCCAAGUGGUGAAUUAUGGGAUUGGUGGCCAUUAUGAACCUCACUUUGACCACGCUACUUCAUCUUCGAGUCCUGUGUUCAAGCUGAAAACUGGGAAUCGAGUGGCAACCUUCAUGAUAUACCUCAGCUCUGUCGAGGCAGGUGGUUCCACAGCCUUCAUCUACGCCAACUUCAGUGUUCCUGUCAUGGAGAGAGCUGCCAUAUUCUGGUGGAAUCUCCAUAGAAAUGGUGAAGGGGAUGUAGACACCCUGCAUGCUGGAUGCCCUGUGCUUAUUGGGGACAAAUGGGUGGCAAACAAAUGGAUCCAUGAGUACGGACAAGAGUUCAAACAUCGCUGCAGCCUGAAUCCUGAAGAGUGAGAGGGGUGGAGCAUUAGCUGGGCCCCUUGGAGUACAAGAGCCAGCCUUUACAAUUGCGAGGCGGAGAGUAGGAAGCAGCCAGAAAGUGAGCACACAGGCAGGGAAGGUGAGAGCUGUUGAGGGGCAGCCUGCAUCUGUGAUUGGAGCCCCAGGCCCCAGGGAGCCAGGAGCAUACAGCGGACACUGCUGCAGUGGACAUGGAUAGCACAAGGCUGAGCUGCAUUUUGGAAAGUAGGGUGGAGGAGGAGUGGGGCAGCUGGCAAUCAGCCCCAGGAGGCCAAAUGCUCUCUUACUUUUACUGGCCAGUUCCUGUGGAUGGAGAGAGGCCUCUGCCUUUACACACUGUGCUGGUUUCAGUUAACUGUGCAGGGCUGUUUGCCUCCUGCCCUCAGUUUGCUUACAAACUGGCAUCUUAUGCAGCACUUUUUCUACACAGGCCCUCUCUAGAGUCUGUCAAUACAAAUGUUCAACACAGCUGAACUUUGUUUGGACUCUCAGAACUUUAUUUAAAAUGUGUAGAUGGCAAAGUUUACAUAUAUCUAAUGUGCCUGGCUGAGCCACAGUGAAAUGUGUGUAAAAUGAUGCACAGAAUAAAAAUAAAUGCUGCUUUUGGAUUUGAAUAUUGACAUCAGCAUAUGUGGGAUAAUGCUUCAAUGAAGUGCUGAAACAACCAAAGAAUGUGAUGCUCUAUAGAGCAGAAAAUUAUUUUGUGACUUUAAGGGUAACAUGAUUAAAAACACAAUGUUCAAUGUACUUUUCACAUGUUUUUCUGUUUGGUUGGUAUGCUGCAGAUUACCUAAAGAGAUUUUUGGUGAAAGUUCCUCUCUAAGCCAUCUCAGACCUCAGCAGUGCAGUUUAGACUGGUGCUAUGAGUCAAAAGGAACGAGUCAUUGUGAGCUUGCCUGUUUAUUCCCAGCUGACUGAGCAAUGUGGUCAUCACUGCCUGUGGUAGACUGUUACAAUUUGGUUCAUUGUAACCGACUGACUAAAUGGAACAGAUGAAGCAGAUCUGGCAGUUGUUGAACUUCAGAGGCUGGUUGUCAUUAAUCAUGUUCUGCACGCCAAGUGAUAUAGCACCCGUCUUCUUUGUCUACUUCAUGUCUGAACUCACAGAACAAAUAUGUCUGCAUACCACUCAGAUACCUGUGUCAUAGCUCAUCUUAAAACUGAGUGAGGUGGGACAUGAACAGUAUUAAAAUUCACUGUUGUUUUUUUGGGAAACCCUGCUGCUUGCUUGGCAGGGAAUGGUGAGAAUGAAAAAUAAGGGUGGAGACAGAGAGAUAAUAACUCAGCUUGCCCAGAGUGAUACUGUAUACUGUAGGUUUUCCCUUCCAGCUCACCAGAGUGUACACACACAGACCCACUCCCCAUGCACUCUUACUCACAGAAAAUAUAAGAACAGGCCAUCUACUGGAUACAUGCUGCACAUUCCUGUGCACAGCAGGACUUGAUUAUUUUCCCUCAGAGUUUAUGGAUAAGAGGGCUCUCUCUUUCUAAUAAGUUUCGCUGCAAAAUGAGGUUCAUAUUACUAAAAAACACUAUCAUAGCUACAUUUAGACUCAAGCAUUGAAGAUCUAAUCAAUUUCAAUUAAAAUAUUGGACAUUAUUUUUAAACAAAAGGUUUACAACUACUGUGGACAUAUUGAUAGAAAUACAAACUGCAGAGAUGUGUAUCGUUAU